AUGCAAUCGUCGCCCACCUGUGUCUAUCAUCUGCCGCGGACUCAACUUCGCGCUACCGAUAUGAUCUUCGAAACUGAAUACCCGUUCUAUGCGAGUACGAGUCGCGACAUGUUCUGGGGGCGUCCGGCGGCGACUGAGGGUUUGGGAAGUCAUGGAGCAGCUGGGGGGUAUCCACUCAUGACGGAGAAGCAGGGCUCGCAUACUCCAACGUCGAGCAUCAUCAAUAUAGGACCCGAGAUCACGAUGACGACUCCAGGGACGAUGGGCAGCUAUGUGAUGGUUCAUAAGAGGGCGGGUUCCAACGUGUCUAACCGAACGUCGCCAGUCGGAUCUGAUAGACAAGGGGCCUACUCUGUCCCCAGCCACGGUUCCGCCGCUGAAUGGACUCAUGCUGAACAUACCGUCGAGAUGGACCUUGAUGAUGAACACUAUGGAAUGCCGCAUGACACAAAGGCUAUCUUGUUCAACAACAUGAGCGGUCCAGAAUCGGCGCCAGUGUAUCAUGCCUAUUCUCCUGAGGCUAGAUUAAGUCCUCAUGGUGCCAGCCCCACCCCACAGGAAUACAACUCUCAUGUGCAUGCUUCCUCAUCCGCGUCGGCCGCCUACAUAGUAAAUCAUCAGCAUGUUGUACCCUCUUAUUCGGGACCGUCCAUGUUGGGUGAGCUAUCGGACGCUCCGUGGACUCACAUGCAUCCUCGGGAUUCUCAAGAUAACUACCAGCAAGCCUUUGUUGGGUUUACACCGUCGCCAAGACCAGUUCCUGAACAAAACACCGACGCGCAUCGACCGAGUGCCUCGUUCCAAGUAAUAGAAUUUGCCGCCAAUAAUAAUUUGAAAUCGAAAAAGACCGAAAAUAGAAGCAGGCGGCCGAAAGCUACAUCAAAGCCCAAGGCAAAGACUACCGAACACGGGUGGGAACAUCACUCAGUCAUCCAACGCGGCGGUGUGCAGUUGAUGACCAAGCCGGAAGAGAAGCCAGUACAGAGAUCGGGUAUUAGAAGAGGGAAGCUGGAUCCUGAUGCCGCUGAGAAAGCAAGAAAAAUUAGAAGGAUGACUGCCUGCUGGAAUUGUUGGAUACAGAAAGUCCCUUGCUCAGUAGGACAGCCAUGCGAAAGAUGCAAAAAGCAGAGUGCUCCUGGAUCCGGUCAGCUCUGUUUGAGAACUCAUUUCAAGGAGUAUGAUGAAGUGUUCUUUCCUGAAUAUCUCCAUGCUCAUUUCAAAAAGCGUCAGAUUGAGGAACUCAUCAGCGAAAACACGAGCGGAUGGACCGAUUAUGUGUAUGAAGUCGACAUUCAAACAGGCGCGUGCUUCAAGCCAAUGAGACUCGUAGUAAACUCAUUUGCGCCUAAGACCAUCGAACUGCAAUAUCAGAACAGACUUCCUACCUCUCUCGAAAAUGGCGGGCCAUGGCCAAUCCAUCAGACCAGCGCCAACAUUGGUUUGAUGGGCAUGUCGACGACUGUGUUGAAAGAGAUAUGUCGUGAACACGUUGAGGAGAUGGUAGACAAUCCCGAUUAUGCGCUGCAAGUCACGACCGAAGAUUCAUGUCCGAUACCUUGCACGAUAUUAGUAGCUGCACAGGAGUAUUAUAAAGUCACCGGGAACCCCCUUAUUGGUCAAGCGCUGAUGUUACACUCCAUUCAUUACUUUUUGAAGAGCUUUCCAACCCUUACAGAAGAAUCGGUCAACAAAGUGUAUCCAGACAUGGAGAUUUUUGGCGCGCCACGAGAACGAUAUUUAUGUUCCCGACUUCUAAAUCGACAGAUAAAAUACGCCAUGCAUAAGUUAAGUCAGGAUAUCACGAUUGAAGUGCUUGAAGGACUUGAGCGUACCAUGAGAUCUAGGACCAAGGAUUCAUGGGGAACCUCCUUUUGUGCCUUUCUAGUACUUUGCUUGUGUAUGGAGGGACUCCAGAUCGCGGCGGAUACCUUUGUCGUCUGCGAUAUCCAGAAAGGAGGCUCUUCACCUGCAACUCUCACGCGCGGGCAUAGCUUGUCAGCGUGCCAAAAGAUCGAUGAUAACCCUUUUAGUCAGUGCAAAAAGCUGUUCCACGAUAUCUACAGAUCGCACAGAGAAACUCAAAGACCCGGCCGGGAAGGCGGUUUCAACCCAUUGCAGAACCUUGCAAACAAUAGCGAAACAGGUUUAGAUUCGGAGGCAGAUACUAUGGUUCGAUCCAUUUUUCAGACGGUGAUGUCCUCAUACCACGAUAUCAUUGCCGUCGCCGACAACCCACCCAUCAUCAGUGAGAGUGACCCGGGCAUCGAUCCAUUUCAAAUUAAGAAGAAUGGAGCUGGCCGUUUAGUGGCCAACUUUUUAAGGUCUUUUUUCCCGGUCAAUUGGCAACCAGAACGGUGA